AUGGUUUCGAUGAGCACCACGCCGAAGCCGCUCGACUCCGCCGCCGUCGCCGGUGGAGGCAGAGGCGGGGACGAGGGUGGAGGAGGCGGCGGCGGCGGCGGGAAGAAGCAGGUGCGCGGGGCGGCAGCGGCGGCGGUGAUGGCGCCGCCGCCGAUGGCGGUCCCCGUCCCGGUCCCGGUCGCGGCGCCCGCGGCGGGGGAGGAUGUUCGGAAGGUCAGGAAGCCGUACACCAUCACCAAGUCGCGGGAGAGCUGGACGGAGCCCGAGCACGAUAAGUUCCUCGAGGCCCUGCAGCUUUUUGAUCGUGAUUGGAAGAAAAUUGAAGCAUAUGUUGGCUCAAAGACUGUUAUACAGAUAAGGAGCCAUGCACAGAAGUACUUCUUGAAGGUUCAGAAGAAUGGUACGGGCGAGCAUCUGCCCCCACCCAGGCCAAAACGAAAGGCAGCUCAUCCAUAUCCACAGAAGGCAUCUAAAAAUGAUCCCGCAGUUUCUCAAGCUAUUUUAUCACAACAACAACCUACCCAGAGGGAGCAAGGUUCUGUCAUGCCUAUGGAUACUGCUACUGUGAGAAACACAAAUGCAAAUGUGGCGGUGCCUUCCUGGGACAAUACUCUUGCUCAACCUUUUAGUGCUGGUCAUGUUCAAGGUGCCGUUGCAACAAAUAACUGUUCAAGUAGCAUAGAGAGUCCAUCCGGUACUUGGCCAUCUUCUGAAGCAGUUGAGCAAGAAAAUGUGGUUCCACCACUCCGUGCCAUGCCAGAUUUUGCCCGAGUAUACAGCUUCCUAGGAAGCAUAUUUGAUCCUGAUACAAGUGGGCAUUUGCAGAGGUUAAAAGCGAUGGAUCCAAUUGAUAUUGAAACGGCUCUAUCUGCAUUGGAGAGAAGUGAACCUAUUCAAGGUGUUCAUAUACUUUUUGGAUGGUUUAAGAAAGAGCUUGGAAGCCUUGUGUGGGUAAUAUUUUGUGUGACAGCGAUUGAUGUUGGAUUGUUGGGAACCAAUUCCAUAAUCAGUACAAUGGAGUGCAGCAGAGAAGAGGCCUUGAAGGCCAUGGAAAUUGCUGCUAAGAAGUUGGAAAACAGAGACUUUGCUGGUGCUAAAAGGAUUGCCCUUAAAGCGCAGAGGAUUUUUCCAGAGGUCGAGAACAUACCCCAGCUGUUAACUGUCUGUGAAGUACAUUGUGCAGCAGAAGCAAAGGUAAAUGGGAUAUUGGACUUUUAUGGAAUUCUCCAAGUAGAAGGGACAGCGGAUGAGAUGACCAUAAGGAAGCGGUUUUGUAAGCUUGUUCUCUUACUUGACCCUGAUAAAAACAGUUAUGCUGGUGCAGAUUCUGCUUUGAAGUUUGUUGCAGAAGCAUACUCAACAUUGGCUGAUCAAACAAAACGACAUGUAUAUGAUGUCAAAUGGAGGGUUGCUUUCAAAAUUGCACCAAAGCAGGCUACACAACCGACAGGCUGCAGAACCAACUCGGGUUACACAACCAUUCAGGCUACACAACCAAAACAGGCUGCAAAACCAAAGCAGGCUACACAACCUAAUCUGGCCGAGGAAUCAGAACGGGCCACACAGCCAAAGCAGGCUACACAACCAAUGAAGACUACAGAGCCGAUUAACAAAACCGAUGCAAAUAGAAGUAACACAGCAAGAUAUGGACCAUCAGGUUCAUCACCCACUGAUGGGUGUACGUUUUGGACCGUAUGCAUCCACUGUAAAACAAAAUAUAAGUACCAUGGCGACAUACUCAAUCUUCAGAUCCGUUGUCGGAACUGCAGGAAAAAAUUCUUUACACACCAGAUAAGUACAGAGGAUGUGACUUCUGUAUUCUCAUCAAAAACUGCAAAUAGUGAUACGAAACAGGGCUGUCUUCCUACUCAACAAGGCUGUUCUAGAUAUCUCUCUUCUAGAGAGAACAAAGAGACAAGUCCUGUGAUGAAUGCAGCACAAUGUGAUGAACAAAUGAAGAGCAGUUCAAAACCAGGUGGUGAAGGUAUGGUUGAUCAUACAGAGACAAGUCGGAAAGGAGUUGAAUUUUCUGCAACAAAUCCUUCUAAAGCAUCUGCACCAAACGGAAAUGAUAGGGCAGAUGGAAGGAUGCAAACUGACACCACUGUACCAUAUUUUGGUGAUGGGAAAAACCUAAGUAGUGGGCUGGAUACAUCAGCAGUGCCAGGUGCUGCAGGAAUCCCUACUCCACAGAGAUGUUUUAGGAGAAAGGCAUAUGUUGAUGCCAAUAACACCCUUAACUCUCCAAAGAAAAAGAGUCGAACACUCAAAGAUUGGUCCUCAAAUGCUGCCUGCAGUCCUAAUGAAGUGUUUGCUGAUAAUGUUGCCCAUGCUGAUGGACAAAUUAGUGAAUCUCAUGUCUACAGCAAAACAGAUAAUCAAGAUAAAAGUUGUACUGUCAAUGAAGGCAAUAAAAGCACUUGUGAUACACCUGCUGGGAAGCCUUGCAAUGCUGGGAGCUUCACGUACCCUGACUCAGAAUUUUUUGACUUCGGUAACUGUAGGGAUGUCAAACUGUUUGCAGUUAAUCAGAUAUGGGCACUUUAUGAUGACUUUGAUGCCAUGCCAAGAUAUUAUGCUAGAAUUAGACAUCUUGAUACUACCAACUUCAGAGUUCAGUUCACUUGGCUGGAUCACUAUGCAGUGAAUGAUGAUGAGGACAAUUGGACUUAUAAUGAACUUCCUGUGGCUUGUGGGAACUUUAAGUUAGGAAACACACAAGAGUCACAACAUCCCCUCAUGUUUUCUCACAUCAUUUCAUGGGCUGAAGGCGGAACAAGGGGUUCUUAUGUAAUACAUCCAAGUAAGGGUGAGGUAUGGGCUCUUUAUAAGGGCUGGAGUAUGCAGUGGAUCUCAGAUGCAGACAAUCAUAGAUCCUAUGAGUAUGAAGUGGUGGAGGUCCUUUCAAACUUUACAAUGGAAGCUGGUGUCACUGUUAUCCCCUUGGUCAGGGUUGAAAGUUUUGUGAGUCUGUUUGCACAAGCAAAGGAUAAAUCAUCAUUUGUUAUACCAUCAAGUGAUCUACUUCGGUUUUCCCACAGUAUCCCAUUUUUCAGAACAAGAAAUGAGAAGGUUGGUGUCCCUAGUGGGUUUCUUGAACUAGAUACCGUAUCGCUUCCUAGUAAUUUGGAUGUAGCAUUUCCACCGGUUACUCUUGAUUCUUGUGUGCCUGGUUCUUCUGCUCUGCAAGGCUGCUGCUCCCCCAUUAUUUUGACAUAUCCAAAAACAGUAUUCUACAACUUUGAAGAAGGCCGGUUGAAUACUAAGUUUGCACGAGGCCAGAUAUGGGCUCUUUACAGUGAUUUUGAUAAACUUCCAAAAUACUAUGGCUGGGUUUCACAAGUUGAUCGAGAUCCGUUUGGAGUGCAACUGACUUGGCUGGAAGCAUGCCCUCGAUCAGAACAGGAGAAUCUGUGGUUAGAGCAUGACGUACCUGUGAGCUGUGGGACAUUUAAAAUCCGUUACUGGAGUAUCAAGUAUGACACGAAUGGUGCAUUCUCUCAUGUAGUAGGGAUCCGUUCGAAGUGGCACUUUGAAAUUCACCCACAAGUAGGGGAGAUUUGGGCGAUCUACUGCAAUUGGUCACCUGGCUGGGUUCCUUCCAGCAAGGAUGUCUGUGAAUAUGCCAUUGGUGUGAUAACUGCGCGCACUGAAGCUAUCACGAAAGUUUUGUUUCUGACUCAGGUAGAUGGCUACAGAACUAUAUUCAGGCCAGACAAUGAGAGGGGUAUCCUGGAGGUGCCAACAAAAGAUGACUUGCGGUUUUCUCACCGGAUACCCUCUUUCCAACUGACAAAAGAAAAGGGUGGCACUCUCUGUGGCUUCUAUGAGUUGGAUCCUGCUGCUGUUCCUGAUCCCUUCCUCGCUGAGGGUACCCACUGA